AUGCAGCUCUACCUGCAGGCAAAGGAGGCCACUGUGUGGGAAGAGAAGAGUGGAUUUCGCUGCGUGGACAGGUUGAAAAACAGCCGGUCCAGGUUGCUGGAGAGAUACCGGCAGAGGGGAGAGAGUCCGCAGUGUGGCAGCUCCGGGGCCUCCAUCAUCGUCCAGGAGGUGAUGGAGGAGGAGUGGAGCGCCCUGCAGUCGGAGGACCGGAGGCUGCCUUCACUGUGGGGGCCGGAGGGUAUGGCAGAGAUGUUCAGUGUCAUGAGGGAGUAUGACGAGCUGGCAGUGCUCGAAGAAAUCCAACAGGAGCUCAUGUCUCAAGAAAUGUCUAUUAUUGAAGAGUACGAGAGGAACCUGCAGUUUGAGCAGCAGUACAUCUCGUCUGUCGUGGAAGGCAUGGAAGAGAUGCUGGACGAGAAUCAUAUUAUUUGCCCCGUUUGUCACAUGAACAACCUAAACAUCAACAGCUAUUUUAUCUCCUGUCCAUGUGGAGUUUACAUCAACAGUAAGAAACGAAACAUCACUCCUGAGGUCCUGCGGCAUCUUCUGGAGUCCAGAGUCUCGGAACACAUGGAGGACUGUCUCCACAACCCCGUCUUCUCCUUAACCCCCAACACAGAAAGCUCUCCCAACCUGAUGAUUAGCUGCAAGGUGUGUGACUAUCUGUCCAUCGUCCUGUAAACGCUGUUACCAGUGACUUUGCCCGUCAGAUUUGAUUUUGAGCUUUUUAUUUUGGUGCUGUCUAUAUGUUUUGUGAAAUAAAGGCUAUUUAUAUAUGAAACACAA